UUGCUGGCAAAUACCAAGUACAUUGUGUCGGAUGUUCAUGUGUUGACAAAUACUUUGUGAUAAAAAUAUUGCUUAACUAAGCUAGAAAUAUAAUUUGUGGUAAACAUUUUAAAAUUUUAUAUAAUAAUAACUCAAAUAUUAGUGAACUAGUAGAUAGUCUAAUAUCUUUGGUACGCAAAUCUAAUUUUUCAGAAUUUUAACUUGUGUCUACCAAAAUACAUAUGCCCUAGAUUUAGAAUAUAGGAAAAACAAAUCUGAAGUUAUCGUAAACUUACUGAUGUGACGCAUAAAAGCUAUUCCAAGCAAAACCAUCAAUAACCUUGUUAUUUUGAUGAUCGUAUAAUAUGGUUUACUAAAAUUACGAUAAAGAUGUCCUUGAGUUGUCUAUCAGCGCAAUCAAACGACGUGCCUGUCGCGAAAAACAUCGUUUUAUCAUAAAGCUACGUUUCUAAACGUCGCUUCGUUGGUGCAAAGAAGUGAGUCGUGCAAAAAAUUCACAGAGCGAUCAUUUUCAUGUUGUUUAUUCCUUUUUUUAUUAGGGAUUUACAAAUAGUAUCGUACUGUGAAUUGUGCGAGGACUCCAAAUUGCAACGUUGUAUUUAUAUAUAUUUAUUAUUUUGUUAUUAUUUUUCAAGAUUGCUUGAAUUUACAAAGACGUAAAUCAGGAAAUUAAAAUUUUUAUCUGAAUAAAACUUCAACAAUAAAUGAGAAUUCAGACGACAAUGAGUCAAACUUGAGAGUGAAUCGAUUUAAAAAUAUGACCAAGGAUUAUUUAGAAUCUCUUCAAAUAUUAAAUUUAAUAUCCGGAGCUUGGAGUUGAGAACCAAUGCCUUAGAUACCGGAGAACAUAAAAGGAUGAUUUGCCUCAUAGAAAUCAAACGUUUAUCAACAUAACUGACAUAUCUUUCAACUUCGUUGUACAAUCAUGUUUGAUUAUUCAGUAUAUAAAAAUACUCUUGAUGUCGUACAUGGAAUUCAAUCUGUGGCUCUCUUUGCAUAAAUUGCAUUAAAUGAUAUAUAUACUCUGUAACAUCAAUGAAACAAAUUUGAUGUUUUCGUACAAUUACAGCCUAUUUUCUGAAGCAUGGCUAUAUUUCGGGCCUAUGUUAAAUGCUUGAAUUCUCUCCUAUUUUCUAAUGAGAAAAAAUUCGUGUUCGCGCUUGCUUCUACAGGCGCGUUUUUUCGAACUCGCGGAGCUGUUGAACACGGGUGUGUUCAUAAGCUUUGCAUUACGAGCAAGGGUGCGGCUUCAAUGUGUCAGCAUUUAUUAAACAAAAGUAUUUCGAAGAAACGAGAGAGAUAUUACAGAAAGUCAAAUUACUAUAAACGAUUCAUCUAACAGCAUAAAAUGCCGCGCGUCGACUGAAAAUCUUCAUACACGAAUUGUUAUCUCCGAGACCCACCUGUUUAGUCGAAUAUAAAAUAUGAAGUCUGCUACAGUAACCCGCUUGGUUGUGAAAAAUAUACCGUUAGCACGCAGCUUUCAUGCCUCUUACACGUUGAAUCAAAGGCUUCAGAAACUAGAUGGACGAACCGCACUUGCAGUAGGAUGCACUGAGGGCAUUGGUCUUGCAAUGGCAAAGCGCCUUGCAGAGGAAGGAGCCCAUGUUGUACUUGGCAGCAGACAACAGAAAAAUGUCGAUAAAGCCGUAAAGAGUCUAACGUCAGAAGGACUGAAAGCAUCGGGGUUCACUUGUCAUGUAGGCUGUAACGAAGAACGAAAAGCUCUUGUUGAAAACACAGCUAAAAAUCACGGGGGGAUUGAUAUAUUAAUUAACAACGCAGGAGUUAAUGCUCACACAGGCACGUUUUUGGACACACCGGAGACUGCGUUCGACAAGGCUUUUGAUGUUAAUGUGAAAGCAAAUUUCUGCCUGAUCCGCGAUGCUGUUCCUCACAUGGGGAAGCAAAACAAACAAGGAUCGAUUGUCAUAACAUCGAGCAUGAGCGGUUUCCAGCCUCAAAGAAUGCCUAGUGCAUAUGCAGUGAGCAAAAGUGCUUUAUUUUCCUUAACAAAAGCUCUUAUGCCUGAGCUUUUAGAACAAAACGUCAGAAUAAAUUGCAUUACUCUUGGGAUAUUUCGCACGCCAUUCAGCGAUGUUCUUACAAAAGGAAAAGAGAUUCGUGAAGAAUUUUUAAGUUAUAUUCCAAUGAAGCGUUUUGGUGAUCCGAGUGAAUGUGCAGGACUUGCCUCUUUUCUUUGUUCUGAUGAUGCGAGCUAUAUUACCGGAGAAAACUUUGCUGUAUCAGGGGGAGCUUUAUCUCGCUUGUAAACUCAAUUUCUCAUGAAUAUUUACGAACAAAACAUCGUUGCUGGCAGUGUAGUGUUAUGGACUCGUAAAUCAUCUUUGACGUAGAAGAAUAUGUCACAAUUUUAAAUAUAUCGAUUUAAGACUAUCUCAGCCUCAAUUUCGAUGUUCCAUACUCAGACAUGUAUAUGGAGGAUCGAAAUUUAAAAAUGUAUUUAGCUUAGUCGUGGCCCACCUUGUUAUAAAUGAUGUCAAUUUUUAUUGCUGAGAUUGUAUAAUAGCAAUAUUUAUGAUAAUGUAUUAUCAUUUUUCAACCGUGUAGAUAUUUCAUUUUAUCGCUUUGCAUUCAUUUUCUUUUUGCUUUUAUUUCAUUUAUUGUAUUUUUUAAUAAACCACUGUUGCCUACAUGCUUGAAUAUCGCUGAGCAGUAAUAGAAGUAACAUCAGUCAGUGGAGGCAUGUGGGUAUAAGCUUCGCGAAGAUGCGGCAAUUACGCUUUAAAACUUAAGACAGCAGCCACAUUUGAGUAAUAAAAAUAAAGAAAAUAUGAAUGGUACUGCGUUUCUGAACUAGGUAAUGUGUUCGUUCAUAAGUAUUGUGUCGUGAACUCGAAGAAUAGACGAUGUUUGUAGAUAUUCAAAAUGUAUUACAGAAACACA